AUGUUGCCCCCAGCCGCCUGUCAAAGCUCGAACGAAGCGGGCCACAACCUGCGAUCAGUGGAGAUGACAGCCACAACAGCCAGAAACAAAGGGAGGUUUGUCAUUAAGAACGAUGAAAAUGCGGAGAUAUUAGGAAGAAAACUGGAGAUAGGGCUGGACCGCGGGACCCGAAGGUUUGUCUCAUGCGCGGAUUCCCGUUUGUCGGGUUUAGCGCAGUCGCUGAGAACUGUUCGGCCGAACAAUACAACAUCGCAAGCAGCAUGCAUCCUAGACGCUGCUAAAUGGAAAUUGGGGAGGCUCAACCGCCUUGACCAUAGCAGGUCCCGGUCCCAUGGAUACAUGGUUGAAACGGAGCAUGACGAGGAGUGUUUAGAAGACGCUACGGCGUCAAAAUUAUUCUCCGUACAUGCAAUGGCCAUAAGCAACGAAUUCAAUCCAUAUGAGGCACAGAAGAUUGGCAUUUGGUUCCAGCCCGAUGUCGUCGACUAAAACCUACUCCGUACAGUAGGUAGUGCAUACAAGUCCGUCGUGAUUUCAAAUCUUUUCGGUCACACAGUUUGUUACCCCACGCAAAAUUCCAGGUAUUGCAACGAAAGCGGGCAAUUCUG